AUGGGUGAUCAUUCUGCUGCAGAUCGUUUUCAGGCUUUGAAUUCUUCCUCUUCUUCCUCUUUUAUGAACUCAAAUAAUAUGGAACUCCUAAAUAGUAUAAACCUUGAAGCUGAGAAUUUCAGCUCAAAUAUUAAUCAACAUGGGUUUUUGGCUUUAUCAAAUGAAGAUUUUUCUAAUCAUCAUCAGCUCCCAAACAUGGCUUUUCAUACUGAUAUGAAUCUCUCAAGUUCCAUUUCUGCUCAGAAUAUGUAUGAUCCAGCUGCUGCUGCUCAGUUUUUUACCUUGGGAGGUCCAAGUAAUUAUGGCUGCAGUAGUAAUAUGAAUUCAAUUCCGGAAUCAGAGUCCAUGCUGAAUAAUAAUAUUCCAACUCCUCCACCUCUAGUAUCUGGAACUGCCAAGAGCUGUGAAGGGAGAAAGAGAAAAAGAAAUAAUCAGAAAGAAGCAGCUGAGAAGCCAAGAGAAGUUGUUCAUGUUAGAGCAAAGAGAGGACAAGCUACUGAUAGUCAUAGUUUGGCAGAAAGACUUCGAAGGGAGAAAAUAAAUGAAAAGCUUAGAUGCUUGCAAGAACUAGUUCCUGGAUGUUACAAG